UCAUCAUCAUCAUCACCUUCAUCAUCUUCAUCAUCAUCACCUUCAUCCUCUUCCUCCUCCACCAGCCUCCUGUUCUCCUGUUCUUCUUCUGUUCUCCACCUGUUCUCCUAUGUUCCUCCUGCAGACUGCGGCGGUGAGAUGAAGUUGAAUGUGUUCUUGUGGGUCGUGGUUCUGGUCGGUUCCUUCCUCCCUCGCUGUGCUGACGGCCGACCCUUCAACGGUUCCACCGGCCGCCUCCUCGGACCGCUGCUCCUCCUGGGGGAGAAGUUCUCCCUGCUGGGCGGAGGAGGAGCAGUUCCGAGGUUCCUCCCUGCUUCUUCGGCAGAGAACCGGGUUCUGCUGCGGGCGGAGCAGAAGGUGAGGAGGUCCGAGGAGCCGCCCAUCUCUCUGGACCUGACGUUCCACCUGCUGCGGGAGGUUCUGGAGAUGGCCCGGGCCGAGCAGAUGGUCCAGCAGGCCGACAGCAACCGCAGGAUGAUGGACACCUUUGGAAGGAGAAGGAACGUUCUCUAGAACCUCCAGCUGGUUCCACAGAAACAAACACCAUAAAUAACCAUGGUUCUGUGUUCUCCAAUGUUCUCCAGCUUCAGUAGAUAAAUUAGACACUUUCUAACAAAUAAUUACAGAAAAAUAGAAUCUAAUUUAUUUAGUUAGAAUAAAGCCGAUGUAAUUAAUAAUAAAAUAAAUAAAGGCUUA